UACAGUUCUUUCACUUUUUUGUUUUUGUCUAUUUGUCCAGUUUUUGGGCAAAAGUUAUACAGUUUAUUUCAUAUAGUUUUCUAUGCAAUUUUUUUUCCAAUGAAAAUUUUGUUUAAGAAAAUAGCAAAGUAAACAGGAAAAGUUUCUGAGAAUGAAAAUUUUCAGAAAAGGAAAUGUUCAUGAAUUUUAUAAGAAAAUAAUAAAGUUCAUGAAUUUUUAUUUGGUCAAAGAAAAGUUUCUGUAAAAAAUAAAAAGGUCCAUGAAUUUUUUAUUCAUGUUUAUCUGCUGCAAAUAAAAAUAAAAGUUCUUUUUUUUUGAAAAAGUAAAUAGAACUAAAGAAAAAGAUUAUAUUGUUGCUUCUCUAAUGCAUUUUUGAACCAAUCGGUUAAAAUUGCUUAGAGAGUAAAAGAGUACAGAAUUGUUUCUGAAUAGAAUAUUGUAAAGUUUUCCGCUGCAAAGUAAAAGUUGUAUCCUCCAAUUAAAUUGGAACCAACGGAAAAAUUUAAUUGGAAGAACUGUUCUUAUCAAUGUUUUUCCCCUGUGGGUGAAAUAAGAUGCAGAUAGCUUCUGCUAUAACAGUAGAAAGACAUUUGAUUAAAGUUUAAUUAUGGUAUUGUUAUUUUCUGACCAACGUUGAUGAUGACGAUAUUAUAAUUCUAUGAGUCUUAUGUUCAAAGCUUAAAUCUCUGAUAAAAGUUGUAUCAAAAUUUUCAGAGAACAAAUAAAAGAUCAAGAAAUGCUCUUGAACAAGAGAAAUGUAUAUUUCUUGUUUCCGUUGUAAUAAAGUAGGUGAUGAUGGUUAUUUCUUAACAAAGUUGUUUAAUAGACAUACUAUGAAAAAAAAAGUUUAUACUAUCAUCACAUUUUUUAUGAGUUAUAUGCAUUAUUUUCAUUUCCGCCCAAUGGUGAUAUGGAAUUAAUGUAGAAGGACGAUGUUUUGUUCUAAUUCUGCCCAACGGUGAUUUAGAAUAUAAAAGAAAGUUUUAAAAGUUUAAUGCGCAUAUUUUUUUUAACUAGAUAAACAUGGGGUUAUUUUUAUGCUCAUUAUUGUUGAUUAUUGGUUAAGUUUUCUCAGACUAAAAGUUUUCCAUGCCUUCAUUCGUGAAAGCAAAUGGCUGGGUACUUGUGACCCGAGAGAUGACCAAGAAAGGUCAACGUAAGGGAGUAUGUUCUCUCUAAAGAAUGACUUCAAAAGAAAAGAGAUAUAUAAUUGAGAGUCUUGCUCGACGAAUGUCUUCAUGUACUCUCCAUGGAAAAGAAUUCUCAUCUUCUAUGAGAUGCAAUAAGUGAUAUGCGUGAUUAAUUUGACCAACGUCGGAUUAAGCAUGUGUAUUAAAGAAUAUUCGGAUUUAUUCCUAAAUUUGAUGAUUGAAUAUCCAGUCAAAAGAGCCAAUUCUGGCAUCCCGCAUGGCAGGAAAAGAUGAUUAUGAUAAAACCAGCAUGGCAGGAAAAGUCUGGGAAAAUCCCUGCGUAACCCGUAUGGCGGCAGAAAUUUUCUCAGACUUAUCAUGUAUGACAGGAGAAAAACAUGAUGACUCAUGUGCUUUUAAUGUAUCCCACUCUGGGAGAAAAGUAUGGAGUAGCUAUUAUGCCUUCCUCGUAUCGACCGUACAUCUUAUGUGUAACGGUCAUUAAGCACUCAAUAAAUCCAAAGAGAAUAAAAGUUACAGACGAACCUAAAGAUAAGAAUGAUAUACAAGUGUGACUUGCAAAAGUACUAAUGAUAAAGAACUCUGUUGAGUUUCUGAAAUGGAAUAAGGAAAAAGGACUCCCAUACCAGUUAACAGAUAACUUCAUUACAUAUGAAGUAAUCAGAUAAAUGAAGUAGAUACUCAAAGUUUCCUCAAUUCACAAGAGUUGUGAAUGGUUUUUCGAAAUUGUGGUAGAAAAGUUCUUGCCACAUUUCGAGGGGGAGAAAGAAAUAUGAGAUACCCAUUAAUGAAGAAUGUGAUCGUCCGGGGGAGUACGGUGAUCAUAAUAAUACCCCUAAAGAAAAGAAGACUAAGGAAUACUAAGACGGUGCUUAAAGUGCCAUAAAGAAGAAAGUUUUAACAGAAUAAACCCAAAUAAUAAAGUUUAAAGAUACACCAUUCUUAGUGAAGAUGGAGUAAUCUGAGGGAGCAUGGUAUGAAGAUACCUAAGACUCAAAUAGAUUGUAUCUAGGGGAGCACGUUGUAUGACCUAUACAACACCCAUUGUUAGCUCUAUAAAGGAGGAAUGAUUUAACAUGGAUCUUAUGAUAAAGGUUCCUGUAAAACUUAUUGCCUCUUGGAAAUGAAAGACUAUACAAUAAUUUGCCUUUUGGCAAUGACAGAGCAACAACAGCCCCAUAUGAAAGAAGUGCUAGUACCUGAGACACAGAUGGUCUCAAGGAAUGAGAAAAUCAGAUACUUCUGAUUACUAUAAAGUCUAUGUUAGUAAAAUUCAAAUGGAGGUUGAUCCCACCUCAUUUAAAGCGCUCAAUCAAGUUUUGAGAAGUGCCUGCUUAUCUAAAUGAUAAGAGACUAUGUGAGAUGAAAUGAAAUUGAUGAAUUCUGACGAUGUUCGGGACUCAUGAGUAAUUUCCAAUGGAGCCAAAACAGUAGGCUAUAAAGAGUCUACAAGGUCAUGUGACUCCAAAGGAAAUAUGUAAAGGUGUAAAACACGACUAAGAUCGAAAGGUUUUUGCGCAUUUUACACUGAAUAGAUUACAAUGAGUGUUGGUAGCACAUCAUGAUCUGAGUUACAUCAGAUGAAAGAUAUUAUGAUCUGAGUUACAUCAGAUGAAAGUAAAGAACAUAGGGGAUACUGCCUGAAGAAGUCUUUUAUGGACUAAAGCAAUCAAAUGUUGUUUUGGGUUAAAGAAAAUGAGAGUACAAUUGUGUUUGUAUAAAGUUAUAGAAUGGGAAUUUCAUUUCCUAUAUCUUGUACAUGCGGAUAAUAUUCUACUUGUUAAUAGUGAUGUUAAUUCGAUUGUAGGAGGAAAAGAAGUUCUUGUCCUCAAAGUUCAAAAGAAUGUUCUUGGUAGAAUGUCUCUCGUUAUAAGGAUCGAGAUUCACCGAGAAAAGAAUAAAAGGGGUAUUAGGAGUGUCGCAUGGGCAUGCUAAGGGAAGUUUCUAAAGUAUGCAUGCGAGAAAACCUACACCUAUUCUUAUAGUAAAGGGCAAUGAUUUUGGGAACUUUAGUGUUCCAAAAGUCAAUACGAAAUGGACCAAAUGAAUAUGGUACCAUAUGCUUCAGCUGUUGGAAGCUUAAUGAAUGCAAAAGUAUAACAUUACUGUGACACAGUUCACGAAACCGGGUUGUUUUGGUAAUGUCCAGUCCAGAUAUAGAUCACUGGAAUGGAGUCGAGGAUAUCGGCCUCAUGCUGAAAGAAAUAAGUGCUCUCAAAAGAUUGUGAGUACAAAGACAGGACUCAUGAAAUAUACAGCGAAAUCCACAAUUGUCGCUGACUUUCACACUUGGAGUUUUUGUGUGGAAAAACUCUAAGGAAUGAAUCUAUUAUCAUUAAUAUGAUGUAAAGAUAAUGUACAACAUGAUAUGAGGCUGAGGGACAGGCAAAAAAGGUUAAAGAAACAUGUACCAGGAAUUGAUAGUGGUUGACAACAGCGAUAACCAUUUUAAGUUUUUCGCUCCUAUGACAACGAGUCAAGUGUUGAUGCUAAACACACUGACACAGAGUUAUGCGUUGUAAAGGAGAAAGUACGAAAUUAUGUAGAAAUGCUUGAAGCAUAAAAGCAACAGACAAGUGUUUUGCAGAUCUGCUUAUUAAAGGCUUACCGCCCAGUGUGUUAGGAGAACACACGGUCGACAUGGGUUUUAUGGUAUAGUCUAAGAUUUCCGGACAAUAAAAGGGCCCAAGGUUAAAGAAACUGUUUCAAAACAGAGGUGUGUGUUGUAGGUGUUGAUUCUAUCGGGAUAGACCGUGAUGAUGAGACAUGCUCUACAUGCAAAUCUGUGAUCGAACGAGUACUUUGAAAAGAGUUAUUUCAAAGUAUAAAGUUAAAAGUAUAUGAUGAGAUCAAGGGGGAGAAUGUUAGAUUGAUCUCUCCACCAAUGGGCCCAACGGCUCAUUGGCCCUUGACCCACGCCCUGAUCGGGGGCGUCCAGCCCAAGCAAGGCUGGUGGGCCCCUGUCGCGCAGUGCUAUAAAGAGGAGGUGGGGACCAGGGGCACAGGGUACGAGGUUCGUCGCCGCCACUGUUCCCCACUUCUAACCCUAAUCCGAUCCAGAGGGAGGCACUGAAGCGACGGGAAGCGCCACCAGCCACUCCACCGCCGCCACUCAUGCACUCACCACUCUCUGUCAUCACCGGCUAUCAUCACCAUGGCCGGCACCGGGAGUUACUCGAUAUGAAGGAAGUGAAGGCGACAGUGCCAACUGGAACUUCAGCCUCUCCAGAUGUGAAACAUCCUAAAAUGGUGCUAUCUCCGCUUACCCGCAGUCGCAGUAAGGCUAUGGCUCUAUCUGUUUCCACACCUGAACAUCUCAAACUGAGAAACGCCAGAUCAGGUCAACUAGUAGUUCCACGGUUGGAUUCAGGAAGCCAAAAAAUUAUCUAUGACGUGGCAAAAGUACCUAUCACCCCAUUGGUGGAGCAAAGUUCUGCAGGUAAAGCGUUGCCGAGUACACCAUCACAAAUGAUCAAAACUCCAAUUCCAUAUGGACGAUCUCCACUUACUCAUAAUAAGGAUAAGGUGUUAUCUGUUGCCACGCCCGAAACUCCCAAACUGAGAAGCUCUAGAUCAGGAACACAAAGUAUUAUCUAUGACUCGGAUGGUUCUAUCUGCGGCGUAACCAACUCAGAGCUGCAAUGGCCUCAAGGGUGCAAUUCGGAACCACCUGCUAAGAGGAGGUCUCGGUGUUCAUCCCCCGACCAUGGCAGGUUGCUGCUAUUCUGAUAGGAGAUGUCCUUGAGAAAAGGUUCAAGGGUUUGUGGUAAACUAUGGAGAUUAUUUUACCCUUCCACAAGAUCCAUGAAGCAAAACGUCUGACUUAACACGUGACUGGUUCAGAUGGAGGGACUCGCCAUCAAAGUUCUCGGGUUGAGUAUUCCCCUGUCGCAAUUAUUUGUUGAAUGGAAGAAUGUGGGAAGUAACUUUGAAGAACUUGAAUGGAAGUAAUCUUGGAAGAAUGUGGGAAGUAACUUUGAGGAACUUGAAUGGAAGUAAUCUUUCAUGUUGUGUUUGGAUUUUUACUAUUACUAUAGUAACUACUCCCUCUGUUCACUAUUAUAAGUUUUUUUUAUUCGGGUGUAUAUAGACGCAUUUUAGUAUGUUUGUUCACUCAUUUCAGUUUGUAUGUAGUCCAAAUAUGCAAAACAUCUUAUAUUUAUGAACGGAGGGAGUCAAUGAUAUCCCGCACCUUGCCGUAGGACUUGAUAGCAAUGUAUAUCAAUGAGAUUUGGUUA